AUGUUGUCGAAUAUUUACUCAACGCUUCUUUCGCUCGUCUGUCUUAUUCUCAUUUCAUCAACUAAUGCAGUUGAACUUCCGGGUAAUUAUACAUUACCUAAAAAUUCAAGUAAUUUAUGCUUGAUUGCUCGAUUUGAUCUUGUACUCAAUGUUGAAUACACGCAAAUUGAUGGAAAGAAAAAUAUUUCCAAAAUUCCAUUGAACAACGAAACAUUUCAGUACUAUGAUGGAGCAUGCGAUCUCAGCAAUAGUCACACACUCACUCUGACCUUGUUAGAUAACUUAACAACAAUUUUAUUCAACUUUUCUAUGGAUGAAAAAAACAAAACAUCGUUGAGCCGAGUUCUUGCUACUGUGACAAUUGCUGACAAUGCAUUCUUUCCAAAUUGUAGCAAAUAUGCUCGUGGUAUUCACCCAUUUGUUACCAAUGAAUCGUUAUUCAUUACUGAUCGCAGUAAAUCAUAUCGAUGCAACGCACAAACGAAAAUCGACAAUUUCAAAUCGGACGGCAAUGUAACAAUUAAGUCAAUUGAUUUGCAAAACCUACGCAUUCAACCAUUUGUUGAUAGCAGCAUUAUCUUUCAUGACUAUGAGACAGAGGACGUAUGCCUCCUAGAUCGAUUUCGAGACAAUUACAAAGUUCCGAUUAUCGUUGGCGUAUGUUUAUCAGUACUGGUGAUUACUGUACUUGUUGUCUAUUUGAUCUGUCGUCGACGAAAUCACAAUGGAUAUCAAAGUGUUUGA